CUAGUUUAAAGAACCCACUUUUACAUUUUGUUGUUCUUUAUUUUGUGGUAUGUGUUUAUUAUUUUCCCCUUUUCUAAUGUUAACUCCUACCCCACAAAAUGUAAGUACCCUUUACUGAUGGCUGUAUUUUAAUUGAAGUCAGGCUCUAAUGUAGGAGUUCUUAACUCUCUUUGUUCCAUGGACUCCUUUGGCAGUCUUAUGAAGCCUAUGGACUCACUUCUUAGAAAAAUGUUGUAAAUGCAUAAAACAAAAUACAUAAGAUUACAAAGAAAACCAAUUAUAUCAAUGUACAGUUAACAAACUAUUUUUUAAAUUGUAAUAUAAUAGAUAUGUGCCUCUAUUGUUAACUUAUUAAAUAAUAAGAUAUAACUGUCCAUCUAAUAACUGUGAUAAUUUCAGAGUAGGGAUGUGCGUAAAAGAUAUUUCAAGAUAUCUGUAACAAUUAUAACAUGAUAUUUUUAAAAAUCUGGCAUUUUUAUUAAUAACAAAAUUAUAGUUACCACUAAUAUUAAAUUUGUAGUAUUGAAUGAUAAUUGAAGGGAAUGCUAAAUUUUAGUUAGAGGUUAGUGAAAAUAAGUAUGUAAUUUUUUCUCAUUCAAGUUCACCCCUUAAUCAUGGAUCCCAGGUCAAGUACCCCUGCUCUAAAGAAAGUUGAUACUGUAUACAAAAACUUAAAUGCCAGGACAAAUUCCCACAAUUAAAGGCUACUCCACUUUAAGUGUUACGAACCAGCUUUUUUUUAAAUAAUAGCAUCCCCUAAUAGACUUAUUCAAUCUGUAUGCUGAGCAAAAAUUCCAAGAAGCCAGACUAUAUGAAGAAGAACAUGGCAUCAGGAUUGGAGGAAGAAUUGUUAACAACUUGCAAUAUGCAGAUAACACAACCUUGCUUGCUGCAAGCAAAAAGGACUUGAAGCACUUGCUGAUGAAGAUCAAAGAAUAUUGCCUUCAGUAUGGAUUACACCUUAACGUAAAGAAAACAAAAAUCCUCACAAUAGGACCAAUAAGCAACAUCCUGGUAAACAGAAAAAUUAUUGAAGUUGUCAAGGAUUUCAUUUUACUUGGAUCCACAAUCAACAUCCAUGGAAGCAGCAGUCAAGAAAUCAAACAACACGUUGCACUGGGCAAAUCUGCUGCAAAAAACUCUUAAAGCGUUAAAAAACAAAGAUGUCAGUUUGAGCGCUAAGGUGCGCCUGACUCAAACCAUGAUAUUUUCAUUCGCCUCUUAUGCAUGUGAAAGCUGGAUGGUGAAUAAGGAAGACUGAGGAAGAAUUGAUGCCUUUGAAUUAUGGUGUUGAUGAUGAAUAUUGAAUAUACCAUGAACUUCCAGAAGAAUGAAUAAAUCUGUCGUAGAGGAAGUACAGCCAGAUUGCUCUUUAGAAGUGAGGAUGGCGACACUUGGUCUCAAGUGCUUUGAACAUGUUAUCAGGAGCAACCAGUCCCUGGAGGAGGCCAUCAUGCUUAGUAAAGCAGAGGGUCAACAAAAAAGAGGAAGACCAUUAACAAGAUGGAUUGACAUGGUAAUUUGCAACAAUGGGCUCAAACAGCAAUGAUUGUGAGGAUGGCACAGGACUGGGCAGUGUUUCAAUUUUACCUAGGGUUGCUGUGAGUUGGAACUGACUCGAUGGCAUCUAACAACAACAACAAUACACUUGUAUUUUCUUUCACAGUUCUGUGGGACUCCUGAUUCCCACAACUCUGAAAUAAAAAUUUUCUCCUGAAAUUCUUCAAUGUUAAAAACAAAGUUUCUCUAAUCCCUUCCAUCUCAUUUUCUAUUUUUCUUGUUUCUAUUCCUAAGACCUCUUCAAAACUGACAUGUUCACAGUUCUCUAACCUCUUCCUUUUUUCUCUUUCACUGCUGCUUCCUGUACACAAUAGUCCACACAGACCACACUAACCCUCAGUUGGACCUCAGGAUGUCAGUGUAAUCAGUGCCGCUCCAUUAGCCGCAGUAAGCAAGCCGCCUAAGUGAAGGUAUCAGAAACAUUUAGAAAAUGCCAAAAAGAUUGGAAUUAAAAAAGCUAUUUCAGCAAACAUUUCAAUGGGCAUUGCCUUCCUGUUAAUAUAUGCAUCAUAUGCACUGGCCUUCUGGUAUGGAUCUACUCUAGUUAUAUCAAGAGAAUAUACUUUUGGAAAUGCAUUGACAGUCUUUUUUUCAAUCCUAAUUGGAGCUUUCAGUGUUGGUCAGGCUGCCCCAUGUGUUGAUGCUUUUGCCAAUGCUAGAGGAGCAGCAUAUGUGAUCUUUGAUGUUAUUGAUAAUAAUCCUAAAAUUGACAGUUUUUCAGAGAGAGGAUACAAACCAGAUAGCAUCAAAGGGAAUUUGGAGUUCAGUGAUGUUCAUUUUUCUUACCCAUCUCGAGGUGAUGUCAAGAUCUUUAAGGGCCUCAACCUAAAGGUUCAAAGCGGGCAGACAGUGGCCCUGGUUGGGAACAGUGGCUGUGGGAAAAGCACCACGGUCCAGCUGAUACAGAGGCUCUAUGACCCCACAGAGGGCACGAUUAAUAUCGAUGGGCAGGAUAUUAGGACCUUUAACGUAAGAUAUCUGAGGGAAAUAAUUGGAGUGGUGAGUCAGGAGCCAGUGCUAUUUUCUACCACAAUCGCUGAAAAUAUUCGCUAUGGCCGUGAAAAUGUAACCAUGGAGGAGAUAAAGAAAGCUGUCAAAGAAGCCAAUGCUUACGAGUUUAUCAUGAACCUACCACAGAAAUUUGAUACUCUGGUUGGGGACAGAGGAGCCCAGCUGAGUGGUGGACAGAAACAGAGAAUUGCCAUCGCGAGAGCCUUGGUCCGAAACCCCAAGAUCCUCCUGCUGGAUGAGGCCACGUCAGCAUUGGACACUGAGAGCGAAGCUGAGGUACAGGCGGCUCUGGAUAAGGCCAGAGAAGGCAGGACCACCAUCGUGAUAGCACACAGACUGUCCACGAUUCGAAAUGCAGAUGUCAUUGCUGGGUUUGAGAAUGGAGUUGUUGUGGAGCAAGGAAGCCACAGUGAACUGAUGAAGAAGGAAGGGGUGUACUUCAAACUUGUUAACAUGCAGACAUCAGGAAACCAAAUCCCGUCAGAGUGUGAAGUUGGAUUAAAUGAUGAAAAUGCUACCACUGAUAUGGCCCCAAAUGGCUGGAAACCUCGCAUAUUUAGGAGUUCUACUCAUAAAAGCCUUAGAAAUUCACGAAUGCAUCAGAGUAGCCUUGAUGUGGAAACCAAUGAACUUGAUGCAAAUGUGCCACCAGUGUCUUUUCUGAAGGUUCUGAAACUGAAUAAAACAGAAUGGCCCUACUUUGUGGUGGGAACUGUAUGUGCCAUUGCCAAUGGGGCACUUCAGCCAGCAUUUUCUCUUCUCUUCUCGGAAAUGAUAGCGAUCUUUGGACCAGGGGACGACGAAGUGAAGCAGCAGAAGUGCAACAUGUUCUCCUUGCUUUUUUUAAGUCUGGGGAUUAUUUCUUUUUUUACUUUCUUCCUCCAGGGUUUCACGUUUGGGAAAGCUGGAGAGAUCCUCACCACAAGACUUCGGCUGAUGGCUUUUAAAGCAAUGCUAAGACAGGACAUCAGUUGGUUUGAUGACCAUAAAAACAGUACUGGUGCACUUUCUACAAGACUUGCAACGGAUGCCUCCCAAGUCCAAGGAGCCACAGGAACCAGGCUGGCUUUAAUUGCACAGAAUACAGCUAACCUUGGAACUGGUAUUAUCAUAUCAUUUAUUUAUGGUUGGCAAUUAACUCUUUUGCUGUUAUCAGUUGUUCCAAUUAUUGCCCUAUCAGGAAUUGUUGAAAUGAAAAUGUUGGCUGGAAAUGCCAAAAGAGAUAAAAAAGAACUGGAAACUGCUGGCAAGAUUGCAACAGAGGCAAUAGAAAAUAUUAGGACAGUUGUGUCCUUGACCCAGGAAAGAAAAUUUGAAUCAAUGUAUGUUGAAAAGCUGUAUGGACCUUACAGGAAUUCUGUGCGGAAAGCACACAUCUAUGGCAUUACUUUUAGUAUUUCACAAGCAUUUAUGUAUUUUUCCUAUGCUGGCUGUUUUCGAUUUGGCGCCUAUCUCAUUGUGAAUGGACAUAUGCGUUUCAGAGAUGUUAUUCUGGUGUUUUCAGCAAUUGUGUUUGGUGCAGUGGCUCUAGGACAUGCUAGUUCAUUUGCUCCAGACUAUGCCAAAGCCAAGUUGUCUGCAGCCCACUUAUUUAUGCUGUUUGAAAGACAACCUUUGAUUGACAGCUACAGUGAGGAGGGGCUAAGGCCUGAUAAGUUUGAAGGAAAUGUGACACUGAAUGACAUCGUGUUCAACUACCCCACCCGGCCAAAUGUUCCAGUGCUCCAGAAGCUGAGCCUCGAGGUGAAGAAGGGCCAAACGCUGGCUCUGGUAGGCAGCAGUGGCUGUGGCAAGAGCACAGUGGUCCAGCUCCUUGAGCGGUUCUACGAUCCCAUAGCUGGAACAGUGCUCCUAGAUGGUCAAGAAGCAAAGAAACUCAAUGUCCAGUGGCUCAGAGCUCAACUUGGAAUUGUGUCCCAGGAGCCCAUACUGUUUGACUGUAGCAUUGCUGAGAAUAUUGCCUACGGAGACAAUAGCCGGGUUGUAUCACAAGAUGAAAUUGUGAGUGCAGCCAUAGCAGCCAACAUACACCCUUUCAUCGAGAUGUUACCUCAUAAAUAUGAAACACGAGUGGGAGAUAAGGGAACUCAGCUUUCAGGAGGUCAGAAACAGAGGAUUGCUAUUGCUCGAGCCCUCAUCAGAAACCCUCAAAUUCUACUGCUGGACGAAGCUACGUCAGCUCUGGAUACUGAAAGUGAAAAGAUUGUCCAAGAAGCCCUGGACAAAGCCAGAGAAGGCCGCACCUGCAUUGUGAUCGCUCACCGCCUCUCCACCAUCCAGAAUGCAGACUUAAUAGUGGUGUUUGAGAACGGCAAAAUCAAGGAGCACGGCACGCACCAACAGCUGCUGGCGCAGAAAGGCAUUUAUUUUUCAAUGAUUAAUGUUCAGGCUGGGACACAGAGCUUAUAAACUCUUGUUAAAGUAUAUCUUAAAAAUAAAUGUAAAUCAUUCUACAACCUUCUUUAUGACUUGUAAAGGAAGUUUGUAGUUUAAGCUAUCAUGAAAUAUAUCUUAUUCCAGAUCAGUUUAGAACAUCCAAUUCGGUAUUUGAUAUUUCAGCAUCUGAAAUUUGGGAAUUAGAAGUGACAUCUUUCUUGAUGAAGUAUGAAAAUAGCAGCUUAGCUUUCCCUGAGUUAUCAGCAACAUAGAGGAAGAACAAAGUUCAAGCAUAUACAUCUGUAGAAUUAAUAGAGGCCACAGGAAAAUUCUUAUGGUUCUUAAUGGAUGGGUAGCUGACAGGAUGGCUUGGGAACAAUUUUGCCAAAUGUAAAGGAAAAAUAAAUUGUUUAAUAUCCUCAUCUUUCCCUUGAUAAGUUUCCAAAUUAUUGGGGAACUGAAGUUUUUAAAAUGAAUUUAUUCCCUGGUGUAUCAUGGAAGUUCAAGAGAAAAUGAAAUACCCCUUCGACUAGGUAACUUUGCAGGUAUACCAUUUGUUCUAUAAAGCACGAAGUAUUUCUUGAAAAAAAAAAGUUUAAAACUCAUUGAUUUAAAAUACACAUAUUCUCUCAAUGCAAUUUGAAACACUGGAAAUAUCCACAAUAAAAUGCUGAGUCUCUGUAGCAACUGUAUUACUUUUUUUACAAAUAUCCUGAUUUUUUCAGAAAAUCGAUCCACUUUCCUAAAACGAGAAAAGAAUGUUUGGACAAUGUCUUAGUCAUCUAGUGCUGCCAUAACAAACACCACAAGUGGAUGGUCUCAACAGAGGAAUCUAUUCUCUAACAGUCCAGGAGGCUAGAAAUCUGAAUUCCGGGCGCCAGCUCCAGGGAAAGACUGUCUCUGUCUGUGGGCUCUGGGGGAAAGUCCCUGUUUUAGUCAUCUAGUGCCGCUAUAACAGAAAUACAAGUGGAUGGCUUGAACAAACAGAAGUUUAUUCUCUCAAGUCUAGAAGGCUAAAAGUCCAAAUUCAGGGCAUUAGCUCUAUAAGAAGGUCCUUGUCAUCAAUCGUCCCCUGGACUAGGAGCUUCUCUGUGCAGGAACCCUGGGUUCAAAGGAUGCACUCUGCUCUUGGCACUGCUUUCUUGGUGGUAUGAGGUCCCAAUCUCUCUCUCCUUCCUUCUCUCUUUUAUAUCUCAAAAGAGAUUGGCUUAAGACACUAUCUAAUCUUGUAGAUCUCAUGAAUAUAACUGCCACUAAUCCAUCUCAUUAAAUGAUAAUGAUAGGAUUUUCAACACAUAGAGAAAUCACAUCAGAUGACAAAGUGGUAAACAAUCAUACAAUACUGGGAAUCAUGACCUAGCCAAGUUGAGAGAUAUCUUGGGGGGACACAAUUCAACCCAUGACGGUCUGUCAUCAAUCUUCACCUGGUCUAGAAGCAUCUCUGCGCAGAAGCCCCAGGUCCAAAGGGCACACUCUGCUCCUGGUGCUGCUUUCUUGGUGGUAUGAGAUCCCCAUGUCUCUCUGUCUCUCUCUUCUGCAUCUCAAAAGAGAUUGGCCCAAGACACAACCUAAUCUUAUAGGUUAAGUCCUGCCUCAUUAGCAGAACUGCCUCUAAUCCUGCCUCAUUAACAUGAUAGAGGUAGAAUUUACAACACAUAGGAUAAUCACAUCAGAUGAUGAAAUGGUGGACAAUCACACAAUACUGGGAAUCAUGGCCUAGCCAAGUUGACACAUAUUUUUGGGAGGGCACAAUUCAAUCCAUUACAGAGAACAAAAUGAAAUAUUCUAGGUAACCCUUAAAAACUGACCACACUGAAAUAUUGUUUCAGUAUCUUUUUUUUUCCCCAUCAAUUUCUGUACCAAUAUUCUUAUUAUUUUAACAGGUUGUUUAACUCAGCCAACUGUCCAAACCAAGUUCUUCUAAUUCUUCUAUCUAUAAUAAACCAGUUAACACCAAAGAAUUUUUCAAAUGUGACUGUGUAAAGUGGACUGAAUUUCAGAUUAACCAAGAGAAUGUGGGGCAAGGAGUUUAUUACUGCAGUGACUCAAAGUGAGCAGAAUUCAACCUACUCAUGUAAUUAUGUCCAAAUUUGCCUGAUAAGGAACAUGGGCCAUUUGCCCCUGGAAAUUCUUCAGUAGGUCUUGGCUGAGUUUCAGGAAUUUGUAUUUUUAACAAACACUGUAGGUGAUUUUUAACUUCAAGCAAGUUAGGGAAACAUGUUCAAGCUGAGUGAGAAGAGGUCACUGCAGGAGGUGAUAGAGUUUCCAGAAUUACCCAACUCUGUAGACAUUACUUAAAACAAACUAACCAAAUGAUUUGAAAUGCCCUGGCAGUCUAGUCUACAAAAUUGCACUAGUGAGGAAUCAGUCCUCAGAUCAGAUUUUAUCUUCCUAUUUUAUAGUGACUGUGAAGGACACCAAAUGGCAUAGACAUUAACUGUUUUCACAAAGAAACUGUACUGUUAUUUCUUAGGAUAGUGCCUGAUGCAGUCAUAAGGGCUCAAUAAGUGUUGGUUAUUAUGAUGAUUAACAAUAACAAUAAACCAGAUUUAUCAAAUUCGAAGCACAUGAGAAUGUUUUGGGGGGUGGAGGAUGUAUACAACCAGUAUACUAAAUAUACUGUACUCUUCAUAUUAAAAUGUGUGGUAGAUUGUUACAAAAAUGGCCCCCAAUAAAUCGUGCCUUCUUGUGCCCACUGCCUUUUGCAAAGUGAUUUUGCUGCUCCUUCUAUUAAGAGAUGAGACUUUCCUCCCACCCUUUGAAUCUGGGCUGGCUUGUGACUUGUUUUGGCUGCUAGAACUCAGCAGAGAUGACAUUAUGUGACUUCAGAGCUUAGGCCUCAAGAGGCCUUGUACCUCCUAGAAUACUGCAUGAUCAGAGACCACGUGUAGAGGGAGGACCAGUCAGCAAGCCCACAGACAUAUGGGUGAAGCCAUCUUAGACAUUCCAGCCUCCGUUCAGCAGCCUGAUGACUGCAGCCUCAUAAAUCCUUAGGCGAGACCAGCAGAAGCACCAUCCACCUUAGCAUAAUCAACUGACGCAAUUGUGAGAAAUACAUUGUUGCUGUUUUAAGACACU